AUACGAUGAUGCUCUGGACAUCCUCGUGCAAAACGGCACCCGCGGAAUUCUGAGACACACUAUGCAGUCGGUCGGGGUUGACUAUCUUGACCAUUUGAUUGCAAGAGGCUCGUACGACGCUGCCGGAAGGAUAGGCCUCAAAAUAUUUGGAAAGAAUCCCGCCCUGUGGGAGGACCAGAUCUACAAGUUUGCAAGUAUCCAUCAUUUGAGGUCGGUCAGUCCUUACAUUCCCUGCACUCCAGAAUCCAAACUGAACCCUCACAUUUACGAAAUGAUUUUCUACGAAUACCUUAAACUGGAUUCAAAAGGCUUUUUGAAUCUCGUUAAGGAGUGGGAUCCAGGACUGUACAACGUUUGUGCGGUCAUAAACGCAGUUCUGGAGCAUCUUCUCACAUGCGAGAUAGAAAAAAAUGACUACCUCGAAGCUCUCGCGAUCCUGUACAGCUAUGACAAGAAAUACGACAAGAGCUUGUCCAUGUUUCUUAAGCUGAAACACAAAGACGUGUUCACGUUGAUCCAGAAACACAAGCUCCACGGAGUCAUCCUCGACAUGCUCCUCGAUCUGAUGGACUUGGACCAUAAAAAGACUAUAGCAUUGCUCUUGGAGAAGAACUCUAAUGGGAAUUCGAUCACUUCCGAGAGGGUCGUCGAGAGAUUGAAGGGAAACGAAUUGCAUCUCUAUAGAUUUUUAGAUGAGUACGACAAGAAAAACCCUAAAGGAAAAUACCAUAAAGAGCUUGUGAAGCUUUACGCCAUUUUCGCUAGGGAAAAGUUGUUACCUUUUCUAAAAAAGUCUGAUCAUUAUCCCAUUCAAGAAGCGCUGGACAUUUGCCAAAAAGAGAAGUACUAUCCCGAGAUGGUGUAUUUAUUAGGUAAAGUUAAUAAGGUAUAAAGUCGGAGUUUCACC